AUGGAGCAGAUCACAUCAGCAGGGAAGCUUGUGCAGAUCACUGUGACAGAUGGCUAUGAAUUGAAAGGUUCUAAAGGAGAUACCCCAGUUACCUUUAUUCGUGCAGAGUUUAAUCAGGCAAUUCUGGGAGACUCAGCAAAAAUUACUGUUUCUUCAGAAGGAACUGCAAAAUACAACUUCACUAGCAGUUUUGAGUUCAAUCCUGAGGGAGGAAUCACUUUAGACGACCUCGCCCACAAACCUGUGUUCUUAACUAUGAUUGAAGUUUUACCAAAGGAAAAGAAACAGAAAGAUGAGAAGAUCUUAGUCCUUGGUCAAGCUGUGGUGGACCUUCUUCCUUUAGUGGAAGGAGAAAUUUCAUUUGAAACAGCCAUCCCGCUGCACCCUGUUCCAGGCUCUCCCCUUGAGCCUCUUCAGCCAGGUGUUAAGCUGUGCUGUCUUGAAGUUAAAGUAUCUGUGCCAGAGCAAUUAUUGACGGCAGCACAGAUAUCAGGAGGAAAUCUGCUAAAGGUCACAUUGGAGGCUGCCUACUCUGUGCCUGAAUCCUUCGUGCCAAUAGGGCCUGUGCAGAACUAUAUCGUUGGUCUGCAAGUUCCAUCAACUGCAGAGAAAGACUAUCCUAUUAUCUUCAAGAAUGGAACUCUGAAGCUUGGAGGGGAAAGAGAACCUACUCCCCGGCCCAAAAAAUGGCCCAUUUCGAACAUUCUGGCCCCUGGAGCUAAUAACAUUCCCGAUGCCUUCAUCUUUGGUGGGCCCUAUGAGGAAGAAGAUGGAGAACUCAACCACGCUGAGGACAGGGAAAUGCGGAACCAAGCAGAGAGCGUAAAGAAAAGGAUUACUUGGGACUUGGAAAGUCGUUGCUAUCUUGAUCCUCUUGCAGUGGUCAGUUUUCAGAAGCGAAUUGCCGAUUGCCGACUGUGGCCUGUAGAGAUCACAAGAGUUCCUCUAAUUACUGCACCCAAAGGGAAAGCUGCCAAAUUUGAUAAGACAGAAGAUGAAAAUCCACUUUCAUUUCAUGGCGUGGCUUAUGUUAAUAUGGUCCCAUUGCUGUAUCCAGGUGUAAAGAGGAUUCGGGGAGCUUUUCAUGUUUACCCUUACCUAGACAGCACAGUCUAUGAAAAGACCAAAUGUUCAUUUAGCUUGUUCCGGGAUACUGGACAUAAUUUGAUUCAUAAUAACAAAGCAGGAGGAGUUAAUUCUCCAUUGUCCAAACCAAGUGUUGCUAAGAACCUGAAAGAAGAUAAAAUACAAGCAUCUAGUUUAAAAUCUCAGAGCUCAGAUACAGCUGUGGAAAUGGAAGCCGCUCCAAACCACAAUCCAGAAGGACAGCAAUAUGUAGAAGCAGGGACAUACAUUGUGUUGGAGAUUCAGCUGAACAAAGCCUUGGUUCCAAAGCGCUUGCCAGAGGAGCUGGCCAAACGGGUCAAGGAAAUGAUUCCUCCAAGGCCACCUCUUACCCGCAGGACGGGAGGAGCUCAGAAGGCGGUAAGUGACUACCACAUGCAGAUCAGGACCAUUUCUAGAGCCAUUCUGGAUGAGUAUCACAGCAUGUUCGGAAAACAGGUGGCCAAAGUGGAGGGUGAUAUAGAUAGUGAAACCCUGGAGGAGCAGAAAUGCCAGCUCAACUAUGAACUUAAUUGUUCUGGAAAAUACUUUGCUUUCAAAGAACAACUCAAGCAUGCCGUGGUAAAGAUUGUGAGAGAGAAGUACUUGAAAACAAUACCUUUUGAAAACCAAGAGGAACUGCAGACAUUCAUUAGUGAGCUCUAUGUGUUCUUGGUGGAUCAAAUGCAUGUGGCCUUAAACCAGACCAUGCCAGAUGAUAUCCAAGGUGCUGUCCCAACCAUUCAUAAGAGUAGCGAACAGCUUCGACUCUUUGCAUUUGAAGCAGAAGUCAAUGAGGACUUUGAUAUGGCAGCAGUAUAUUAUGAAGAGAGGUUGGUUCGUGAGCCCCAGAACCUGGAACAUUGGCUGGACUAUGGUGCCUUCUGCCUCCUAACUGAGGACACCAUCAAAGCACAGGAGUGUUUUCGGAAAGCCCUUUCCCUCAACCAGAGUCAUAUCCACAGCUUGUUGCUGUGUGGUGUCCUGGCUGUCCUGAUGGAGAACUAUGAACAGGCAGAAAUUUUCUUUGAAGAUGCUACUUGCUUGGAACCAACCAACGUUGUAGCCUGGACUUUACUUGGUUUAUACUAUGAAAUUCAAAACAAUGAUAUUCGAAUGGAAAUGGCAUUUCACGAGGCCUUCAAACAGCUUCAGACACAAAUACUUCAGGCACAAGUAACCAAGAGCACUGCUACCAUAGACUUUGAAACCAGAACAUCCAGGCAUAAGAGCAUCACUGAUGUUGAAGGAGUGAAAGCAGAAUCCAGUAUAGGACCUUGGGGAAUGGGUAGUGGUUCUUUUACAGGAGCAGCUAAGGCGGAACCCCAAGCAGGUAGGACCAACGAAUGGAAAUGA